UUAUGUUCCCUUCCCUUCCCUUCCCUUGCUUUUAUAUUCUGUGAUAUGCAUCGAUCUUCUAACCUAAUAGCUACUUUUUUAUCAUUGGAUACCUGCCUGUGGUUGAGCUUUCUGCACUGGCUGAUCCUUUUGCCGUUGCCGUUGCCGUUGCCGUUGCUGUUGCUGUUGCUGUGUGUAAAGAGAUGGAAGAGUUCCUGCUUGCUUGCUAGCUACUCAUCCCAUGCCUGCUGAUCAUUCUCAUCAAAAUCACCGCUCCAAAGGACUCUACAUGUUGCAGAUCUUGGUUUAUUCUUCAGAUCUAGCUCUUGGUUAUUCCAGUAACAAAGUGAGAAAAUUGAGAUUCUCAUUGUCAUUUCAGUACAUUUGCUGGUAAAAUUACUUUCUCUCUCCAAAUAAUUUAUCAUUUUUGUUUACUUCCAUUGAUAUAGUCUCACUCAAUUGAUAUUUUUGUUGUAUUAUAGGAUGAAUUUGGAUGUCUUUGCAUUUUUUUUUUCUAGGUAAUUCAUGCAGAUAUAUAUUUGCUUUUCUUUAUUUUUUUUUUCAAAUUUUUCUGUUUGAUAAUUUAAAUUUUAAUUAACAAUUCUUAAUUAAAAUUUUUAUUUUAUAUAAAUAAUAUAUAAUAUAUAUUUUUAAUGUGCAAUUAAUAAUACUUUAUCAUAUUUAUUAUAAUACUUAUAAAAUUUAGAAUUUACUAAAAAUCUUAUUUGAAAAAUAUACAUAAUCGAAUUAAAUUAAAAUAAUCCCCUUAUCCUAAAAGAAAUAACCAAAAUAUUUUAUAGUUUUUUAUUGAUUCUUGUCCUGCACUACUUGUUUUUAGAGGUAUUUAAAAAAAUCAUUUAAAUAAAAAAUAAUUAUCCAUCUAUAAUUUAUAUCUACAUUUAACUAUAGGAAAGAGGGGAAUAUUAAGUUUAUCAAAAAUACCCCUGCCUUUAUACAGGGUAUAACAGACAGUGGCCGCUACAUAGUUCAAAAUUUAGAAAAAUGGAUCAUUUUCUGUGUAAAUCAAUAAAUACGGUUAAAUUAGAUGAUUCAGAAUUUUCAGAAAUUAAAAGAGUAAUAAAUAAAAAUGAGUUAAUAUUGAAAGAUUUUGUAAAAGCUAUAAAUGAAUGGGAAAUUCCCAAGAUAGAUAAAGAACAAAUUUAUAAAAUUCCGAAAUUAAAUAUUUUUAAAACAGAUUAUGUGAUAAAAACUGAGAAAAGAGAUUUUCAAUUAAGUAAACCUUUUGAGAAGAUAACUCUUUUAUCAGCAAAAACAUUAAAUCACCAUAGAAGUAAAAAAUAUAAGUAUAUUCACAUAGGAUUAAUUCAAGUAGGAAUAAAGCCUCUAACAAGAGAAGGACUAAACACUAGCAUUUUAGCAGUAGUUAGGGAUGCUAGAUUUUUAAAUUUUCAGGAUUCUUUGUUAGGAUCUAUAGAAACCCUUCUAAGUGAAGGACCGAUAUCUUUUGAGGUAUAUCCAGAUAUGACUAUUUCAUUAAAUGAUUUGAAUAUUCUAGAAAGUAUAGUUUUAGAAGUAAAAACUCACAAUUGUAGGAUGAAACAAGGUCCCAUCCCUAUAGCAUUAAUAUAUAAAAUUUAUUAUAAAGCUAUGAAUUCAGCCUUUGGAACUAAGUAUAAAUUACGAUCUAAAAAAGGAGAAAUAAAGUUUUUACAGACAGAUCUAACUAAAACAAAUACAGUAAUACCUAAAACAAUUCAGUGGAAAGAUAUAACAUUGCCAGAAGAAUGGAUUUUGGAAGGUGUGGUACCAGAACAAGAAAAAUUAAAACCAAAUACAAAUUUAAGUAAAAUAGAGCAAUUUGAAGAUGGUAAAGUAUCGUUAAAAUUUAACAGAAGUGUAAGUAGUCGGUAUACAGAAUCAUCAUCUUCAGUAAUAACAGAGGAUAUAGGAAGGUCAUCAAACCUACCGUCAGUAAUAUAUGCCACAUAUAAAGAAAAUGAGUCUAAGCCUAUAAUCCAAACUUUAGUAAAGCCUAGAUUUUCAACAUCAGAUAUUCCAGAUAGACACCUUAAAAUGAAAGGAAUAGAUUAUAGUUCCUCAGUCCCCCAAGCAGUAUAUAAUCUAGUAGAGAAUUAUUUAAAUCAGCAGGCUGAAAUAACACCUUUAUCACCAUCAUCACCAUCAACAUCUGCUAUAACAGAAAAUAUAAAUAAUAUAAAUAGGGAAUUACAUGUUCUUAGUAAAGAGAAUAUUGAAAAGAAAUUUCUAAAGGAAAUAACGAAAACAAAAAAUUUAAGUUAAAUAAAAUUGUUAAAGGAAAUAAUUUUGAAAAGUUAAAAGAAAAGUAUUUUGAAUAUGUACAUAAAGCAGGAAAAAUAAAAUUUUUUGAAUGGUUUUCAUUAUAUAAAUCAAAAAGCAUAAAUCCAAUAACGGUAAGAGAUAGAAUGUAAAUGAUAAAGUAAUUCAGAGUGAGUUUCCACCUAAGACAAUAAGUAAAAUAAUGCAUGAAGAUAAAGAAAUAAUUUGUACACCAUAUAAGAUAGCUAAAGAAAAUAAUACAGAUAAAAAAGUAAUAGAACAAACCAAACCCUAAAGAAAUGGAUUGAAGAUUUAAACCAAACCCUAAAACCACAAAUUAAAAACCAAAGCCCGACAGAUCUAAAGAAAUGGAUUGAAGAAUUAAGCCAAUCACCAGAAGUAAUUAAAGCUCUGCAAAAUAUGGCGUCUUCUUCGGGAGAAUCAGGUAUGGCUUCUAAAUCUAAAGCGAUCGUACCCGUUCAUGGUGCGGCUAGUCUGUCUCAAACGGUAGACAGUAAAGACAUAUCAAAUCCGUUGAUGGCUGUGGGUUUGCCAAAAAUCUAAUCUUCUUAUGGGUAUAACACUGGAUUUCAUAAAUGAAUUAUAAAAAAUAUUUUUGAAUUUGAAAUUGUAAUAGAAAAUGAUUUUAAUAAUGUAAACCCAUGGAAAGUUAUUAGAAAAUAUUAUCCUGAGAAUUGGUAUUUUACACCAAAAGAUUUCUCAAAACCUCAGAAAUAUUAUUAUAUUAUUUUAGAAGAUACGGAUUCCAUAAAAAUAAAGCAUAAUUUUGAUAAAAAUCAUAAAAAUAUAAUAGCUUACUCUUCUAUAUUGGAUUAACAUUUAAAACCUUAAAAAAACAUUGUACUUCAUAUAAUUAUUUUGACUAUAUAGAUGCUUGGAAAAAUAUUUUCAGUAUCCAAAAUCCUACUCAUACUCAUUCGUGGUUAAUAUAUUUUGAUCAGUCAAAAAUUAAAACAACCACCAGAUUUCCAAAUUGGUUUUUAAAAUGGUGGCAGUAUAGAGGUAUUUCUGAAGAAAUUGUUUCACCAGAAGUACUUUAAGUAUAUCAAUAUUUUAAAAAUAAUUAUAAACCAACCCAGAAUAAAACUUAUAUACCCCUUUAAUGUAUUUCUGUAUAAACUUUUUUAUUCCUUGGGUAUGUCAGUGGUUUUUUGAUUUUCAAUAUAUGUCAUAAAAUAUGGUGGGGAUCAUUCAGAAAUACCACCACAGAAGUUGUUAAAGAAUGGAUAAUUAAAAAGGCACAGUUCCAGACAGUCUCCUAUGCUACUAAAUUAUCUCUGCAAGAAAACCCUUCAUUUGGUGCACAAAAGACCCAAUGUCAAGCAUUACUUGCAGCAGCUAAAAUCCCUGAAGAAUACAAGAUGAUUUGUC